AUGGCCAGUCCUACUGUUCUCACCUUUGACGCUGAGGGCCGACCGAUUAAGUUUGAUGUCUGGCUAGAUGACCUGCACCUGUUCCUCCAGAUCACUGCCAAGGACGACGUUUCCCUGUAUGGCCACACGUCCGGCGCUGCUCCCGCACCUGCUGCUACAGCUGACAGUACCGCUCGCUCACAAUGGCAGACUCAUGACGCCCAUGCUCGCCUAGCCGUUCGCAGCCACCUGCCGUUAGAUGAGCGUGAGCAUUUCGGCCAGCAUAAGACCGCUAAGGAGCUGUAUGAUGCUGUAGUUGCCCGCUACUCCUCCCCAGCUACUGCUGCGAUAGGCCGUCUCUCGCUGCCCUAUCUCUUCCCGGAUCUGGACCACUUUCUCACUCUCUUACCCACCGAUCUCACUGUCGACCUACUUGAGAAGGAACUCCUUGAAGCUGAGAAGAGCAUUGUAGCUGUAGGUGCCUCUCGUGGCGACCCUCGCACUCCUGUCUUUGAGGGAUGUUCCCCCUCCCCCCUUCUCCCCUCAAUUGCAUCUGCUGCUGCUGUCGACUUCCUCGGUGCUGAGGGGGCCGGAGCUGCAUUCACUCCCAGUGGGAGGCGCAAGGGUGGCAGGGGCAAGGGGGGCCGGGGUGGCGGAGGUGGCGGCGGGGGAGGUGGUGGUGGAGGGGGUGGAGGGGGCGGCGGCGGUGGCGGCGGUGGUGGGAGUGGUGCUGGUGGUGGGGGGGUUAGUGGCGGAGCCGGGGGUGGUGGCGGCGGCGGUGGUGGAGGUGGCGGGGGUGGUGGUGGCAGUGGGGGCGGCGGUGGAGCUGGUGGCAGGCGCGGUGGAGCGGUGCAGCGUGGCGGGUUCGGCGGGGGCCAGAGGCAGCAGCAGCAGCAUCCCAGCGAGCCCCAGUCGCCCCAGCAGCUCCGUGAGUGGUACUCUCAGCGUGGGGGGUCUGGGGGUGGAGGUACCUGCCCGUACGUCAUCCGCACAGGUAACCGCACUGGCCAGACGUGUGGGAGGUUUCACACGGCGCAGCGCUGUUUCUUUCGCCUUGACGACGCCUGGCGCGAGCAGUUUCCUCACGCCUCUGAGCUGCCCCGCUGGGCUGAUCUGCUUAAGAAGGGAAUUGAUAUCUUUGCUCUUGAUUAUGAUGCUAUCCUUGCUGCUAUGUAUGCAUUGACUAUUAGUGUUGAGGGUGACUGUUAUCUGCGUGUACCGCCCGACCCGGGUAUUGGGACCAGUGAGGCUGCAGCUCUAGGUGCUCGUGUGUCUGCUGCCCUAGGUCCUGGUGAGGCUGCUGCUCUAGGUACUAGCGCGUCUGCGUCUGCUGGUACCGCGUCUAUUGAGGCACUGCACACCUUCACACUGGACUCAGGUGCUUCCCGCUGUUUCUUUCGCGACCGCACUGCCCUAGAGCAGCUUCCUAGACCAGUUGUUGUCUCCCUGGCUAAACCCUCAGGGGGUCCGGUCCUUGCGACCUCCACCACUGCCCUCCCCUGUCCUGCUGUCCCGUCUGGCACGCUGUCGGGCCUUUACCUCCCCUCGUUCUCUACGAACUUGGUGGCGGGUUCCGCGCUCCAGGACACGGGUGUUCACCAGUUCACCCCUGCCUACGAGCGUGUGACGCACUGCACGUGUGCCCAGACGGGUCGUCACCUGGCUACCUUCAUUCGGCAGCCGGGGUCGGACUUGUACACACUGACCACUGAAUCCCCUCAGGUAGCUACGUCUGCGUCUAUGUCAGGUCAGCUGUCGGCCCCCUGCUUGUGUCGCUCCCUGUCACACCGGACUGUCCUCUGGCACCACCGCCUUGGUCACCCGUCAGUGCAGCGCCUUCGCGGCAUGCACUCCCAGUACCUUGUGUCUGGUCUUCCCAGGGUUCUCCCUCCCCCCCCACCCUCGCCUGCUCCUCCCUGUCUUCCCUGUGUCAAGGGGCGGCAGCGCGCUCCUCCUCACUCCUCCUCGUUCCCUCCCACAGAGGCUACCCUGCAGACUCUCCACCUGGACGUGUGGGGCCCAGCCCGCGUCCGGGGACAGGGCCACGAGCGGUACUUUCUGCUGGUCGUCGACGACUACACGCGCUACACCACGCUCCGCAAGCGGUUCAAGUCGGACUUUCCUGUCCUGCGUCUGCACUCUGACAGAGGUGGUGAGUUUUCCUCUUACCUCUUGGCAGCCUACUGUGCGGAGCACGGCAUCCGCCAGACGUUCACUCUCCCGGCCUCUCCGCAGCAUAAUGGGGUUGCUGAGCGCCGCAUUGGUCUAUUCAUGGAGGUCGCUCGUACCUCCAUGAUCCAUGCGGCUGCCCCCCAUUUCCUGUGGCCGUUUGCAGUGCAGUACCCCGCGCAUCAGCUCAACCUCUGGCCCCGUGUCUCCGUUUCGGAGACCUCGCCCACCGUGCGUUGGACGGGGAUCCAAAAGAGAGGCUGCGCUCUUGAGUAG